ACUCCAGGCACGCCAGGCACGCAUGGAAAACCAGGCUAUCCUGGUAAGCACGGUCAUCACGGACAUCAGGGACAUCAUGGACAUCACGGACACCACGUUCAUCACGGACAUAACGUACAUCACGAACAUCACGGACAUCACGGGCAUCACGGAAAGCCGGGGCAUCUAGGUACACCGGGCACACCGGGCACGCCUGGCACACCAGGAACACCAGGAACACCAGGAACACCAGGAACACCAGGAACACCAGGAACACCAGGAACACCAGGAACACCAGGUACGCCAGGCACACCAGGUACGCCAGACACGCCAGACACUCCAGGCACAUCAGCCACACCAGGCACACCAUGCGCACCAGGUGCACCUGGGAAAUCAGGACAUCCAGGAAAGUACGGUCAUCACGGACAUCAUGGAAAGCCAGGAUAUCUAGGCAAGCACGGCCAUCACGGAAAACCAGGGCAUCCAGGAGCACCGGGAACACCAAACACAUAUACUGAACAGAGCUUUAGUAAACACAGUCAUCAGAGUUCUGAACAACAUAGUGAACAGGGCUGUUCUGUCUACACCUGGCCACCAAAACACCCAGGAAAACCGUGGCCAAAUGAACCAUACACUCACAAACCAGUGCAUCCAGGAACACCGGGAACACCGGGCACGCCUGGUACGCCAGGAACACCGGGAACACCCGGAACGCCAGGUACACCAGGCACACCAGGCACUCCUGGAACUUCAGGUACACCAGGCACAUUAGUCACACCAGGAAUGCCAGGCGUACCAUGCCAUCCAGGUGAGCACGGAAAUCACGGAAAACCAGGACAUCCAUGCGCACCAGGAACACCAGGAACGCCAGGCGUACCAGGAACUCCAGGAACACCAGGCACACCUGGCACACCAGGUACACCAGGAACACCAGGUACACCAGGUACACCAGGAACUCCAGGUGUUCCGGGCACAUCAGGAACACCAUGUACCUCAGGUAUUUCAGAUACACCAGGUACUCCAUGCAUACCAGGAAAGCCAGGACACCGAAUACUGCCAAAAGGAAAAGUCUGCAUCUGCUAUGACCACAUUGAUGAAAUACCAUACGCUGUGAGGAAACAGAUUUUCCGUUACUAACGGAAUUUAGAAACUCUAUACAUUUAAAUAGUGCCACAUCGUCUACCGCGUUUGAAUUAUUUUUGUUAUUUUUGUGGUGUAAAAAAACCUAUUACUUAUUGGUUAAUCCGUUGUCUGUUCAGAACCUUACAGGGCAGGUACGGCACUUCCACCCCACACGCAAUUUACAUACAUAAUCACCACUCAUUGACGGAGAAUGGAUUUAGAUUCUUCAGAAAAAGUUUUACGUUCCAUGUAACAAAAGACGAACGAUUUACGUCCGUGGUGUAUGGAAGAAACUUUUUUGACAGAUUCUGCGUUAAUUAGUGUGAUGUGUACUUAAAACGGUUUUUCAAUAAGUCUCUCAAUAUAUGUAGAGCUGUGGCUAUAUCGACAUUCAUUAAAAAUACAUAUUAUUUUUUUUAAUGAGCAAGUAGAAAAUACC